AUGCUACUCACCACCAUGCUCGGCUUCAACCGUAACCAAGAAAGGAUCCACAUCCUCAAAGAUGUCACUGGCAUCCUCAAACCUUCCAGGAUGACCCUUCUCCUUGGACCCCCAGGCUGUGGCAAAACCACCCUUUUGCUAGCACUUGCUGGAAAGCUCAACAAAAAUCUCAAGGUAACAGGUGAAAUUGACUACAAUGGUGUCAAGCUGCAAGAUUUUGUUCCAGAGAAGACAUCAGCGUACAUUGGUCAGUACGAUCUUCAUGUCCCUGAGAUGACUGUCAGGGAGACGCUCGACUUCUCUGCAAGAUUCCAGGGCGUUGGCAGCAGAGCAGAAAUCAUGAAGGAAGUCAUUAGAAGGGAGGAGGCUGGGAUCAUCCCUGACCCCAACAUAGAUACAUACAUGAAGGCAAUAUCCAUGGAUGGUUUAGAAAGAAGCAUGCAAACAGACUACAUUAUGAAGAUAAUGGGACUUGACAUAUGCGCUGAUGUACUAGUAGGAGAUGCCAUGAGAAGAGGUAUUUCAGGCGGUGAGAAGAAAAGACUAACCACAGGAGAGGUGAUAGUAGGACCAUCAAAAGCGCUCUUCAUGGAUGAAAUAUCAACUGGGCUGGACAGUUCUACCACCUUCCAAAUUGUUUCUUGUCUCCAACAGCUAGCUCAUAUAUCAGAGUCUACCAUACUGGUCUCACUCCUUCAACCAGCACCAGAGACUUACCAACUUUUUGAUGAUAUUAUCUUGAUGGCUGAAGGACAAAUCGUAUACCAUGGUCCUAAGAGCUGCAUUAUGAGUUUCUUUGAAUCUUGUGGCUUCAAGUGCCCUGGAAGAAAAGGGGAUGCUGACUUCCUUCAAGAGGUCCUAUCAAAAAAAGAUCAACAACAAUACUGGAGCCGCACCGAAGAAGGAUAUAAUUUUGUUACAGUUGACCAAUUCUGUGAUAAGUUCAAAGCAUCUCAGAGUGGUCAGAAUCUUGUUGGGGAGCUUUCAAAGCCGUAUGAUGAAUCCAAAGGACAUAAGAAUGCACUGUCCUUCAGUAUCUACUCGUUAUCCAAGUGGGAUCUCGUCAAGGCAUGUUUUGCACGGGAGCUCCUUCUUAUGAAAAGAAAUGCCUUCAUCUACAUAACAAAAGCCAUUCAGGAAAUGAGGGAGCAUGGUUAUAUGGAAAGAAAACUACAACUACUGCACAAUAUCACAGGAGCAUUUCAGCCAGGGGUUCUCUCAGCCCUUAUGGGGGUUACUGGAGCGGGAAAAACAACACUCCUUUAUGUUCUUGCUGGAAGGAAAACGGGUGGUGUUAUUGAAGGGGAUAUAAGAAUAGGAGGCUAUCCUAAGAUCCAGCAAACUUUUGCUAGGAUAUCAGGCUACUGUGAACAGACUGAUGUUCAUUCCCCACAAAUCACAGUGGGUGAAUCAGUUGCAUAUUCAGCCUGGUUGCGCCUUCCACCAGAAAUUGAUUCAAAAGCAAGAAAUGAAUUUGUAAAUGAAGUUCUUGAAACAAUUGAGUUAGAUGAAAUUAGAGAUUCUUUGGUUGGAAUACCAGGGGUAAAUGGACUAUCGACAGAGCAACGGAAACGGCUCACUAUUGCAGUUGAGCUUGUGUCUAACCCUUCAAUCAUAUUCAUGGAUGAGCCGACAUCAGGCUUGGAUGCAAGGGCAGCUGCUAUUGUCAUGCGUGCAGUCAAGAAUGUUGCAGAUACAGGUCGGACAGUCGUGUGCACCAUUCACCAACCAAGUAUCGAUAUAUUUGAGGCAUUUGAUGAGUUGAUGCUGAUGAAAAGGGGUGGAGAGUUGAUCUAUGCUGGGCUAGUUGGACAUCAUUCAUGUGAGGUCAUCCAAUAUUUCCAGGCAAUACCUGGGGUUCCCAGGAUCAAGGACAACUACAACCCAUCAACAUGGAUGCUAGAAGUUACUUCCACAUCUAUGGAAGUUCAACUGGGAGCAGAUUUUGCACAAUUGUACAGGGAAUCAUCAAUGUGCAAGGACAAGGACAUGGUGGUAAAGCGGUUAAGCAUACCAGUUCCAGGUACGACCGACCUCCAUUUUGCGACACGGUUUCCACAGAAGUUUCAGGAGCAAUUCAAAGCUUGCCUCUGGAAGCAGUGUUUGUCGUAUUGGAGAACCCCUUCCUACAACCUGGUGCGAUUUGUGUUCAUAACAUUAUCCUGCAUUUUCUUUGGUGCACUGUUCUGGCAACAAGGCAACAUCAACCACAUAAACGACCAGCAAAGUCUCUUCACCAUAUUGGGGUGCAUGUAUGGAAUCACUCUGUUCGCUGGCAUCAACAACUGUCAAUCGGUGAUGCCAUUUAUCUCCGUGGAGCGCUCUGUCGUUUACAGGGAGAGAUUUGCAAGGAUGUACUCUCCUUGGGCCUACUCUUUUGCGCAGGUUGCCAUGGAGAUACCUUAUGUGCUGAUGCAGGUGGUGCUGUUCAUGUUGAUAGCAUAUCCGAUGAUAGGGUACGCGUGGACAGCAGCGAAGUUCUUUUGGUUUAUGUACACCAUGUUUUGCACACUGCUCUGCUUCGUCUACAUGGGAAUGGUGGUGGUGUCGUUCACCCCCAACAUCCAAUUUGCAUCCGUACUUUCAUCUAUGUUCUACACCCUACAAAACCUCAUGUCUGGCUUCAUCGUGCCUGCGCCUCAAAUACCGAGAUGGUGGAUAUGGUUCUACUACGUCUCCCCAAUGUCGUGGGAGCUAAGGGUCUUAUUCACCACGCAGUUCGGGGAUUACGACGACAGGAUGAUCGAUGUAUUUGGAGAGACCAAAUCGGUCCCAGCAUUCAUGAAGGACUACUUUGGUUUUCGGCGUGAUUUGCUGCCGCUGGCGGCUGUUGUUCUGGCGGCAUUCCCCAUCCUUCUUGCCGUUCUCUUCGGUUACAACAUCUCAAAGCUCAAUUUCCAAAGGCGAUAG